AUGCCGCCAAGAGUGAGAGGCAAAGGAAAGGGUCCCAUGCGAGGUAGACCAUCAGCAGGACCUUCCUAUCGGCGCACACCGUCUCCUCGUUUUCCAGUUCUGAUUCCCGUGACCAUUGGGGCCUUUACCCCUUCAUAUCAUAACUUUCCUGCUCAACCUCCUUUGGUUGAACCACAACUUCAAGCAGUUUCUCCACCACCUCUUCCUGUUGAGGAGCCGCCUCAACAACCAUCUCAACCACCUCCCGAGUCGCCAAGGCGAAGGAGGAAUGCACGAAUUUCUGUGCAAGGAGGACCUCGGUUCAGUUCUCCUCAGGGUUCAAGUUCUUACCCUCCUAUCCCCGAGGACCCCCAAAUGGGUGGACCCUCGCACGCGGCGCCGGAGAACGAUCCUCUGCCGGUUUCUUAUGCACCACCGCCACCGCCAGUGGGAUACCCAUCGGAUUAUGGAACCCAUGAUCCAUAUCUCACUGCUGCACAGUACAAUGCACUUUAUCCUUCUUCUAACCCUCCAGUUUACCCAACUGGAUAUCCGGUGCAGGGGUAUCAAUACCCACCAUUUCAGCAACCUCCUCCUCCUCAACAGGAGCAAACCCAAGAAAUACUGCAAAGAUUAGACAGGGUUGAACAUGAAGCGGAUGAAACCAAGGAGAAGCAUAACAACUUUCUUAAGGGCCUUGCAAGUCUUAUUAAAGGCAAAAAGAAAUAG